CACUGGUUUCUCUUAAGGGCAGACUACUCGCACUUUCUUUUGAAUGAAAGAGAUUGGUGAUUUUAGUCAUUUUCACUCAGUUUCACUUAACAGAAGACGCACGUCGAGUGUUGGACUAAUUCCUCAUCUCAACCAUUUUCUUCUUGCCUAUAUUUAUAUAUUAUCAUUUUUUAAUUGAAGUUAAUCCAAAUUUUCAAAAAUGUAUGAACCAGAGGCUGCUAACAAUGCAUACACUGGAUUUAAUUUUGAAUUCAGUGAAAAAUCCAUUCGAAUGGGUUUUAUUCGAAAGGUUUAUGGUAUUCUGAUGCUCCAGCUGAUGGUUACUCUUGGCAUCAUAGCACUUUUCCUUUAUGUAGCACCAGUCAAAGAAUACUCGCAUAGCAACCCAUGGAUAUGGUAUUUAGCGUUAGUAUUAACCUUCGUUACACUUAUAAUGCUGGCUUGCUGCCCUGAUAUAAGACGACAGUUUCCUGUCAACUUCAUCGUUUUGUGUGUCUUUACUGUUUGUGAAGGAUUUUUACUUGGAGCAAUUUCAAGCCAUUAUGAUCAAGAUGCAGUGCUAAUAGCUGUUGGUAUCACAGCACUUGUAUCUGCUGCAUUGACACUGUUUGCCUUCCAGACAAAAUGGGAUUUCACAACAAUGGGAGGCCUACUGUUUGUGUUCCUAAUUGUGCUCUUUGUCUUCGGAAUCCUUUGUGCAAUCAUUCAAAACAGAUAUGCUACUUUGGCCUAUGCUGCUUUAGGAGCUCUACUUUUCAGUUUUUAUCUGGUAUUUGAUACCCAGAUGAUGAUUGGAGGACGCCACAAGUACUCAAUAUCACCAGAAGAAUACAUUUUUGCAGCUUUGAAUCUUUAUUUGGAUAUUGUUCAGCUUUUCAUGUUUAUAUUGACUAUUGUUGGCAAUGCACAAGAUUAACGAUAUAUAUACGUGUGUGUGUAUGUAUGUGUGCGUGUGUGUGUGUGUGUAUAAAUAUAUAUAUCGCAUCUUCAAAGGAAGUUAUAGUAUUUGUAAAUGGUAAAAAAAAAAAGAAAAAAUUAUUUGAUACAUCCAAAGUUGGGUUUCUUUUGUGACUUAUGGUAUAACAGAGGAUUGAAUGCAAUUGUUAAUGCUAUAGUUUCUCCAUAGAAUUAUUACAAUGAAACUACUUGCAUACAAUAUUUGCAUAAUUUGAUCCGAGUUAACUAUUAAAAUUUUGAUCCUAAAUUUUAAUCUCAAUAUAAACCUAAAGAUCUGUUAUAACAUUUUUCAGAUAGAUUCUCGUUAAAAUAUUCUCUACUAUUUAUUUCAAGACAAUCCAAGAAUUGUAUUAAAAUAUUUAAAAAAGUUAAUCAAAAUAUCUUUACUUUAGGAUAUGGAUUGCAGUUGUUAAUCUUUUUUAUUAUAUACUUAUUUAUAUAUAUAUUAAACAGACACAUAUCUUUUAAAAUUUAAAUAAUAUUAAAAAAAAUAAGUAUUUAGAAAUUUCAAGACUAUUGUAUAUUGAAAUUAAAAUGAAACUUAUAACUGUUUAUUUCUUUUUUCAUCAAAUAAAUAAUAUUGAUCUGAUUCCUCAUCGGGAUACCUCAGGUUUCAUCUAUAAAUAAUACUUAUAACUCAUCCAUUUUUUUUGAAAAGAAAAAUGAUAGUAACUAUAAGUCAUUAGCUAGUAGAAAAAACAAAACAAAAUUUUGUGGACAAUAUUAAUGGUGAAUAUUAGAUAGUAACAAGGAAAUGUUACAAACGUUAUAGUUGGAUAAAUAAUCUGUUGGAUAUUUUCUGUCUUGUAUCAUUUUAGAAAUAUCUGAUUUGUUAAAUGAAAAUAAAUGGGACCAUUUUAGAAUAAAAUGUAGUUUUGAAUAUUUGUAAUGGAAAUAAAGUAUGUAGAUACAGUUGUUAUUCAUGUAUUCCUAUUUAAAAAUUGAACUUAUAUUAUCAAUAUAUAAAUAUACACAAGCAUGGACGUUUGUGUUGUGUGCAUGCGUAUGUAUAUGUGUGUGUGCAUACAUGCACAUAUACAAACAUAGAUAUAUUCAAAUAUAUGCGUGUGUGUGUGUGUGUGUGAGUGUGGUUUAUACUGGAAUUUAUUGUUGUUGAAAGAUAACUGGCACCUACAAAAAUGUAGAAUCUGAUAUUUCAGACCUUUGUCCAAGAAUGGAAGAGACAAAACAGUGACGCUGUUGGUCUGUUGCUACCUGACCUGUAAGAUAAAUAAAUGGGAGUGGAAAAGUGUGGGUUAUAGGGAGAGUGGUAAGAGAGGUGGUGUGAGGGGCCCAGAGGUCAGAUGAAUGAAGUGAAGGAACUGCAAAUUCCAGAAUUGAAGUUCAAAAGAACCUGUAACUCGUUACCCUCUUCUGUCUAUCUUGACCUUCCUCCUGCUUCGAUUCCUCCUUCAUUUAUAUUACUCUGACCUAAACAGAACUUCUAUUCACUCUGUCUUCCUCACUCUUAGACAAAGGGUAACAACAUGAAGCAUUGGAUUCUACACUCUUCACAGUAACUAAACUUUCUUCUGUGAACUUAUUGUUACCGAUGCAGACCGUCACAGGUUUUCUCGGAUUCCAGAUUUUAUAACUUCUUAGCUAUUUUGCCAUCACAUUUUUUUCUCCAUCACCUUGUUUGAAAAACAAAGUUACCUUGUUAAUUAAUCCAAAGUAAGAAUUUAUGUUCACUGUUUCUAGUUUCUUGAAAGUUUCUUUUCUUUGAAAUAGUUUUGUGUUAUUCUCACAACUUUCCAUGUUCCUUACAAUUAUUGUUCAUGGAAAUGUAUCUAGCUGCCAGACUUCUCUCUCCUCCUAUCAUACCUCUACUUGGUUAGAGCCACUUGUUUUAACCUUUUCUUCAUUGUAAUAUCCUUGUAUGUUAUUGUAUUCAAAGCAGGUAACUGCACUUUUUCUUUUCCUUUUGGUUUCUGUUCGUUAAAUGUGGAACUGUAUAAUUGCAUACGCUAUCAAAUCAUCCAGUUUAUAAAGAAAUAUAUUUAUAAAUUUCUCCUGCAGAAGCACAACCUGUAAUAAUUAUAUUUAUUGGAUGUAUAUAAAAUAUUUUUUGUUGUCUGUAUAUUUUUAUAUUUAUUCUUUCCUCCCAUUGUUGUUUUUUUGUUAGUAAAAGUAUUAUUACAAAGAAUUUCUUAUGUGUAUCUUAAUUUGUUUGUCAUUAUCUUUCUUUUCUUAGAAUGAAAAUUGGGUUGUUAUUUCAUGAUUUAUUCCAAAGAUUUUAUUUUGAAAGAAACCAGUAUUAUCAUUAUCUAUUUGCUGUUCCUUUUGAAAUUAAAGGAAAAAGGAAAGAUUUUACUUCUUUCCCUUUGGCUUUUUUCUUUUGUUUUUUUUUUCCAUUUUCCUCAUAAUCCACUCUUUGAGAAAAAAAAUGUUUGUCAGUUAUUUCCCUUCUUGCACCAACAUGACACUCAUUUUUUUCCCCACCUUUUGCUGUUGUCAUCUGUAGACAUGAAAUCACCAAGUGAAUAAUUAAGUUAUUGAACUGCCUACCUGCUCAUGCAGCAAGUAUUCUGUGUCUUUGGAUAGGACACUAAUGUUAUGUGCCUCAGUUCAACCCAGUUGGAAUAGGUGGUACUAGUAGAUGUUCAGGAAUUGUUACCUGUGAUAGACUAGUUUCCUAUUCAAAGGGAGACACAUUUUAUUUACAUAAUGCUACAGAAUUCAGAGCUAAGCACCUUUAUGAACCAUUGCAGCUUGAGACAUUUUGUUAUCAUCUAUGAAUAACUCCUCUUUCUUAAAAUGGUUUUUUCUGUUGGAAAAGGAAAAGAAAUGGAAUUUAAAGAAUGAAAAAUAAAGUAUUGGAAUGAAAUUUGA